CAGUCUCUCGGUCCACACAGGGGCACCUUCACUCUUACGGUGCAUCAGGCAUCGGCUUUUUAGAAUCAUUCAGUAAAUUAAAUUAUUUCUACGUCCACACCAUGUCCCUUCUGUCAAUCAGCAGGCUAGCGCCUAGGCUCCUUAAUUCAACGAAUGCAUCUGUCGUUGUUGCAGCCAGACAUGCCAGCGCAUCAACAAACCUUAAAGAUGUUCUUGUAGACCAAAUUCCCAAAGAACAAACCCGGAUCAAGAACUUCAAGCAACAACAUGGCAAAACUAACAUUGGCCAGAUCACCGUGGAUAUGAUGUAUGGAGGGAUGAGGGGGAUGAAGGGCCUGGUGUAUGAAACAUCUGUGUUGGACCCAGAUGAGGGCAUCCGUUUCCGUGGCUACAGCAUUCCGGAAUGCCAGGAGCUGCUUCCCAAAGCUGCCGGCGGAGCUGAGCCUCUGCCCGAGGGCCUCUUCUGGCUGCUGGUCACUGGACAGGUGCCCAACGAGGAACAGGUCAGCUGGCUGUCGAAGGAGUGGGCGAAGCGCGCGGCUCUGCCCUCCCACGUGGUCACCAUGCUGGACAACUUCCCCACCAACCUGCACCCCAUGUCCCAGUUCAGCGCCGCCAUCACGGCGCUCAACAGCGAGAGCAGCUUCGCCAGAGCCUACUCGGAAGGAGUCAACAAGUCCAAGUACUGGGAGUUUGUGUACGAGGACUCCAUGGACUUGAUCGCCAAGCUGCCGUGCGUGGCGGCCAAGAUCUACCGCAACCUGUACCGCGAGGGCAGCAGCAUCGGCGCCAUCGACUCCAACCUGGACUGGUCCCACAACUUCACCAACAUGCUGGGCUACCCCGACGCCCAGUUCACCGAGCUCAUGCGCCUCUACCUCACCAUCCACAGUGACCACGAGGGAGGUAACGUGAGUGCCCACACCAGCCAUCUGGUGGGCAGCGCCCUCUCCGACCCCUAUCUGUCCUUCAGCGCCGCCAUGAACGGUCUUGCCGGGCCCCUGCACGGACUGGCCAAUCAGGAGGUUCUGGUGUGGCUGACAGCGCUGCAGAAGGAGAUGGGUGGAGAGGUGUCGGACGAGAAGAUGAGGGACUACAUCUGGAACACACUCAAGUCUGGCAGGGUGGUACCCGGUUACGGUCACGCCGUCUUGAGGAAGACCGACCCACGCUACACGUGCCAGCGUGAGUUUGCCAUGAAGCACCUGCCCAACGACCCCAUGUUCAAGCUGGUGGCGCAGCUCUACAAGAUCGUGCCCAACGUGCUGCUGGAGCAGGGCAAGGCCAAGAACCCCUGGCCCAACGUGGACGCUCACAGCGGCGUCCUCCUGCAGUACUACGGCAUGACGGAGAUGAACUACUACACGGUGCUGUUCGGAGUGUCCCGGGCGUUGGGCGUGCUGGCUCAGCUCAUCUGGAGCCGAGCGCUGGGCUUCCCCCUGGAGCGCCCCAAAUCCAUGAGCAGCGACGGACUCAUGAAGCUCGUGGGAGCCAAGUCGGGAUAAAGCUCGAGCGACGGGACGGCCUGGGCCAGUAUAGGGACUUUGGGGGGAAAAGGGAAGAAGACAAAAACAAAACAAAACAAAGAUAAGAGAAAAAAAAAACACCAUGCACUAUUGGAAAGGGAUUCUGAGAGACACUGUUCCACUUGAAGAAGGGCCAUCACCGUUUUCCCUGUGGUGAAAGUGAGCUGCUCAACCCCACCCCCUCACCCCACCCCACCCCCUGACCCCAUUCAUUUCCUAUGAGCAAAUCAUCAACAUGAGGGCAGAGAGCUGAGGGCAGUGUGGGAGGGCGGGCGGGCUGGGACAUCACAUCGGGUAUCAUGUGAUAUUUCAGAUCCUCAUUACUCAGAUCCUCCCCAUUACCACUGGUCUGUCCCUGCUGAAGUCACCAAUGUAAUUUUAGUUCCGGGUGUAUUUGUCCUUUUUUUCCUUUUUUUAUUUUUCUUUUUGUGGAUGCGUAGGGAUUGUGUCAGAACAGAUGAGCGCUAGUUUGGUAAAAGGUCAUUUUGGCUUGGUUAGUGAGUUGGCCUAACAUUUCACUCUGCUACUGUAGAUUGUUUUGUCAUCGGGUUACUGUUGAGUCAUUUGAGUUGCCUCUGUACAUAACAUGCAGCAUUGUGAGAUCAGAUCAAUGGUCAGCAUUGCUGAUGCGUCCCCUAGAAUACGCUUAAGAAGCGGUUUUAUGAACACGGUUAUUCCCAUUGCUCUUCAUCCCAACAUCUCGGUUCUGUCAAAAGAAGACUCCAGCUCCGUUGAGUCUGAGGUCGUUUUUUUCCACCCCGUGCUGCAGUGCAGUCUGUCACAUCGCAUGUCAGUGACCGCUAAGUGAUCGUCCCACCGCGCUGUCCGACUCCUGCUAGCAAUGUCCAUCUUUGUGAGGUGACAUCUCUCAAACUCAAAGUGUUUUUUUUUUUUUCAUUAUCAUUAUUUAUGUAUGGGAAUUUGCUCUAGGGUCAUCAGGGUUUUAAGGGUCAGCUUUGCGUGACUUAAAACAGGGAAAGCAACAGACUCAGGUUCAUUGUCGAAAGUCCAGCGUUCAGGUACUCACAUGCACAGCCUCGGAGUAAAGCCCGCAAUCCAGCGACAUGAGCAACAGAGAGCAUAGGGCUCUUUUUUUCGUUUUUAUCGCGUCUAAGUAUGUGUGUUUGUUGUAUGCGAGUCCGUCAGUGAUCGGCUACUCCAAAAAUGAGCACUUGCUUAGUUAAAUUGCCCGCUGCAAGCACAGGUGUAAAGCUAGAGCCCCUCCAAUGGAAGUCUACUGGACCCUGUAGUCUGGUGGUAAGAAAAGUAGCCUUUAUGUGUUGUGUGCAUAGUUUGGCUGUCAGUCGUCUGAACUGAAGUGAAGUAUAGUCUUGUAUGAACCGUUGUCUGAGGAUGUAGUGAUUUUGUUUCGGCGCCUAAUUUAUUUAUUUUGUAUAUGUAGUACAUAUAGAUGUGUUCAUAUACCAUAUAGCCAGCGUAUACGCUUGGAGAGGAUCCAGAGUCGGCUUUAAUAUGGCCGCUCGAUUUGACCUCGUUAGAGGUCACUCAGAGCGGUUUUACUCUUUUGCUCAUGUGUUCGUGGAGGCUCCCUUUACUCACUGUUGAUGGUCCUGGUUUGUUCCAAGGCUUUGGCUGGCGCAUGUGAAGUGCUCCCUGUGACUUGUCCUACUUCAGCACUCCAGAACUACACUACAUGACUCUCCCACAUAUAUUUAUAUUUCGUAUAUCUGUAGGUCAGUCUGUAAACUCGUACAUUAUUUUGUGUGUGUAUGUGUUUUUUUUUUGUUUUUUUUUUCCUGCCGUGUAGAUUUAGAUGUAAAGGUUUGGAGUUAAUAGCCUACCGAGGAUGCGCAGCUACACUGGAAUUAAAGGACGGGUGUCACAGUCAGGGACGGAAUCCAUGGGGAAUAAGGCAAAAUGGCACUCCUAGAACAAUAACAAAUCUAAAUGGGCGGGGGGAGGAAAGGGAAAAUAAAUAAAGUGUUUUUAUUAACAAGA